UAUGUUUUUCCGGCUUGUUAUGGUCUCUUUCUCUAUCCGAUCACAUGAGUGCCUGCAUGACGUGGAAAGAGGAGCUUUAAAAACCAGCUUCAGCUCCCCAUGUACGGCUGUGUUAUUGCACCGAGUGCAGGAAGAGAGAGAAAGGGCAUUGCAUCCCUUCACUGACCUUUCCCAGUCCUCCGGCUGCUCCAAGAUUUUCGACUACAGUCCCGGUUUGCUUCAGCUUUUGCAGAGUUUGUGUUUACACAAAUACUUGGACCGAGAUGCAGCUUUCUAAAUUUAAUUUUUUUUUGAGUAUUCAAUACCCCAAAGGUCAUGCUUGAGUGGGUGAAAGCAGUUUAUCUAGUGGUUGAAAGAAUUGCUGCGUUAUAUUGUGCUAAGUGCAUAUUUCUUCCAAAAACUGUUACUUUUACUUUUUACUUGAAACCAGGGUUUGGAGGUGAUCGUAUAUGUUGUUAUUAGUCGAGUUUCAGUGAAAUUUAGAGAUGGACAUGUUCUCUAUUGAAUGUGUUUUUCAGGUUGAACAUGGGAGAAAGAGGGGUCGGGCGGUGGGGAUCGGACGGGAGGAUAAAAACGGAACUCAGUUCCUAUCUUUAAGUCAGUCAUUAUGUCUUUAGGAAUUUAUAACAAUUACAAAACCAUCCUGUUUACUAUAAAAUGUCUUGUAAUUACACAAUUCUGCCAGUGGUGGUACCGUAGCUCUUACUAGGGGGAAGGUCAAAUUAUAGAAUGACAUUUCUUCCGCAGUUAAAUAUGUAAAUAUAGGCAUCAAUAAUGGAGACAGUUCCGUACUGAUGUAAGAUUGGUAAUUUUAAUGGCCUAGUUUAUUUAUGUAGCAUUUAUUCUGUACCAUUAAGUCAACUGGAGGGAGUAAUACUGUAAACAAACACGACUCAGUUUUACAGUUAAAACGAUUAGAGAUGAGAUGCACAGUGAAAAGACUGGCAUACACCAAUUAUAAUGGGAUAUUACAUGGGGGGGCAUGUUUGGCAUGUUGUUUUACUGUAGUUUAAGCAUGCUCAGAAACAUUUGACCACUGGCCUGAUAUUCCCACUGGAAUAGUAAACUGUUAUUCUUUUUUUUAAAUGUGUUGAUCUUUUAUAAUCACCUGCAUGUAAAGUCUGCUAUCCAAAAUUGUUGACUUUGCUUAAUUGAGAUGUGAGAUGAACUGUUUCUCAGUAACCUUCUAAAAUAAAUGGUGAGAAUCAGUGGUUGGCCCAUACGACCUGAAAGAUUCCAAAUUCGAUUUCCUGAUUUCAGCGUUACUUCCUAUAACUCCGUUCAUUGGGGCAGCUGUAAAGAUCAAACCGUUACCGUUCAUUCCCAUGAGUUAGCCAUUGAAAGAUUGACAGGGUCCUGAUUUAUGUUCGUAAACCCUAUUUGGAAAUGUACAGAUCUCCCGUGGACAUAGCUACAAUACCUCCAUGGUUGCAUUUAUGGGCACAAUCUGAUUUGCUCUAAUGUUUCCAUGGUGAAAUAGUGAGCUGACACUAAAUUUCACGCAUGACUCAUGUUUGUGAAUGAUACCGCAGUACAGUACUUGAAAUUGGGGGAUAUUUAAUGUUGACAACGCCAAACAACAGGAAAUGUACACGCUCUUAGUUAUGAGCUGGUCUUGGAAACAGACUGAAGGGAGGCAACACAAGGUGGACUUCAAUUCAGGCUCUUAGCUUUACAACAGUAUUGCAUAUCAGUUACUAAACUUGAAAGCUCUUUUUUUUUUGCAGUGAGGAGAUGCCUUUCAGUAAUGAGAAACAUUCCUUGAAUGAUGAAUCAUUGAACAGUGACACUGACUCUUGUGAGCGGUCAGAUAGUGUCAAUUCUUCCAGUGAUUAUGAAUACGCUCGACAAAGUUUCAGUAGUGAUUCUUCUAGCAAACCCAGCUCUCCAGCCUCAAGUCCUCCUAAAAUGGUUUCUUUUGAUGUCCUGAUGGAGACUGCAAAAGGGUUGUCAAAUAUGACUCUGGCUCAUGAAAUAGUCAUGAAUAGCAACUUUCAGAUGAAGCAAAUUGAUCUUCCUCCUCAAAGUUUACAAAGAAAAGUGAAAGAAAUAGUUCACAAAGCAUUCUGGGACUGUCUGGAAGCUCAGUUGAACCAGGAUCCACCUGAAUACCAUCACGCCCUUGUGCUUUUGGGAGAAAUUAAAGAGAUUAUUCUCUCAUUUCUGAUACCUGGCCAAAACAGACUUCGUAACCAGAUCUCCGAGGUCCUAGAUUUGGAUCUAAUCAAACAGCAGGCUGAGCACAAUGCAAUUGACAUCCAUAAACUGGCUGCUUAUAUAAUUACACUAAUGGGAAAGUUCUGCGCUCCAGUUCGUGAUGAUGAUGUCAAAAAAUUGAAAUCGGUUACUGAGAUAGUUCCAUUGUUCAGGGAAAUAUUUCACGUCCUUGAUUUGAUGACUAUGGAUAUGGUCAAUUUCACCAUUCAAAAUAUCCGACCACACAUCCAACAAUGUUCAGUUGAUUAUGAACGAAGCAAGUUCCAGGAUUUUCUCAAUAAACAACCCAAUGCUCUUGAUUAUACAACUCAGUGGCUAACGGAGUCUGUUACUGAAAUAUCAGCAUCUGUGACCUCCUCAGACACAUCACCUUCUGAUACUGACGGGAAUGCCAGUCUUCUCCUCAGUCCAUCGUCUGUGUUAAACAAUGGUUAUUUGAAAUUGUUGCAGUGGGACUACGACAAUAGGCCCUUACCUGAGACUCUGAUGACUGACCGAUCACGUCUCCAAGAGCUGCAACAAAGACUGAACCUGCAAAGGCUUGUCGCCUAUAUAAUGUUGAUCAUCUACAACAUGGUAGGGGCAACCAUUUCAGGACUACCUGAGUUUGCAGACAAAUUAAAGCGAGUUAUUGUGGUUCUACUUGAGGGCAUGCAUGACAAAAAUUUCAAUCUUGAAGAAACACUGAAGACUAUAAGUGUGAAGAUUUGUUCUGAAAUAAACCAAUCCUUGACAGAAAGGGGUUACUCUGUGCUUACAGAUGAAAAUCAGACAAAUCUUACUGGCCAGAUCUGCAGCAUUGCAGAACAAAGCAACCCUGUCCGUACCUUGAUCAAUAACCGGAUUGAACAGUACAUAGCAAAUUUGCUCAGCAUACCAAAUCUGCAGAAGGCUGUUUCAGUUGUUCCAGGAGGUCUUGCACCUAUUCAAGCUGAACUCGAGGAGAUUGGAUCCCAAUAUGUCUGUAUUAUUAAAUACAAUGUACAGGUGUAUGGGCCAUUUUACUCUGGCAUUCUGCGAAAGCUUCUGUUCAAUAACCUAGCAUCGGCAGGUACUACAGCAUCACAUUCUCCUUGAGUGUAGAAGGUUAAUAAAAGGGAGCACACAUGGUUCUGGUUUGUAGCGUUUGUUUUUUUUUGUAUUGCAACUUUGUAUGUUGACUGUGUAGAAUAGUCUGCUCAUCACUCAAAUCUAUUUGGAUAAUUGCAUAUAUUUUAAAAAAAAAUUGUUACUUGAUGCAAAACCACCCAAUUAUAUGAAGUUAUUUAAUAUCACUUGAAGCUAAAUUUAUAUUGCAUUUUUACUAAAUAAUUGUGGCCUGCUCAGUUUUUUUUUUAAAAAUUGGCCAUCAGUUUUAAUUGUCCUAAUUUCUGAAAUAACUUCUAAGGGAAUUAUACAAUAGCUUAGUAUUUUUCUAUUAAGUGCAAAUCAAACCAUUUUUAAAACAAAAACAUGAAUACUUUUAUACAAGAUGCCAACCAUAAGAUAUAGCUUGCAGGUGAGGAACUUGAUAUCUGCAGCAACACCUUGCUGCGCAAAAUGCAUUUAUUCAUUGGCCCUCAGCCUAAUAUUUUGCUGUUCACUUGUCUGUAUUUCGGUUUAAUGGUGCUUGAGGAGCAAUUCAUGGAUUUUACAAUCAGUAGAAACGUGAAGAUAGCUUCAACAUAAAAUUGUUUUAAAAUGUAGAUCUAAUUGUUUGUUGUAUUUUUUUAUAUGCAUUUAUCUGUAUGUUUAGUCUGGUUUUACUGCAUAAACUUUUAUUUUGUGAAUGUAGUUUUAUAGUUCCACUUGUUUGGAACAGGAUUGGUGAUGCCAAUUUGCAACAGAUGGGUCACUACUCACACUUGGUGUAGAUGAUAUAUUUUCUUCAUUAGAAGAGAUUUAAUCCUUGCAUGCUUUUUUAAAAUUUUGUUUAACAUGAGACCUAAGCUUGUUGGAACAGUGUUGCAGAGCUGUACUUGUUAAUCUUAUUUCUGCUACAGACUGCUGUCACACUGGUGCUAAGUUUACUGUUAACUGACGUGACCAGUCUGUUUUUAAAAUCAAACAGUUGUAUUCUUGUUUUGUUUUACAAUAGUAGGUUUGUGGCCACUAACUUGCAAAUUUUAGCUACUGAAGUACUGUACUUUUUGUGAGGAACUAGUAACAUUGGCUAUUGUUAAUCCAUGACUCUUCUUGCACAGAAUUUCCCCACCAGAGCAAAAUGUGUCUUAGUCAUCACCCCAUCCCAACACCACUCUCCACAUGUUCACUAAACACCUGAAGUUCACUUAUUUGUGGCCUUUAUUUUUUCAGUAAUAGUUAGAGGAUUCAUGUCUAAAAUCAUUCACAGCUUUUUCUUUUCCUUUUUUUAGAAAUUACAGCUCAAUUCAGCAUCUACCUAUUUGGUGUAAGAUAGAUUUUUCAUCCUUACUGCCUAGAAAUUAAACCACAGAUUGAUAGCAUGCAGAGAGAAAACCUGAGUGUGCAUAAUUGCAUGCUUUAACUGGAGCAAUUUCAUUCAAUUAGAACAGAUUAAGAUGGAAUCUAUUGUGGGCAUACCUUGUAACCACAUUUUUUUUUUCUUCAACCCUAAAUCUGUGCCAUUAUUUCUUGAACUGAACAGAAUUUAAGAAACAUUACUAGCUUUUAUUGUAUGGAAGAAACAAUAGAAAUGGCUGAAAUUAUGCUUUGUUAUACCACAAAUUCAAUUCAGAACUGGCAAUCACCCCGUACAGCAUUUAUCAGUUACUGUACUGGCAUCCAUUUGAGGCUGAGGUAGGUGCAAACCCCUGGACAAUGAUAUUAAUUUAAACUGGUAGGAUGGAUACCUAGAAAUGUAACAAUCUGAAGGACACUUGUGGAGGAAAAAAGUUGGUAAUUGUCAGAUUGAAAGCAAUUAAAGAAUUUCCAAAAUGGGAUGGAAAGUGAAAGUGCUGUUAUUCUAUUUGCUGUACUUCAAGUCUCACCUGCGUUCUCCAUUGUUGACAGAACAGUGUAUAAAAAUGUAUAUUAAGUAUGAAGUUUUAUAUUUAAUAAAAUCUUAAAUGAA